AUGGAGCGGUACCUUCUCUUCAUGAGGUGGCGGGCCCGGCGAGGCGAGGCGGGACCCGGCGGCCUCUCAGGUUUAACAGCUGAAAAUAUUUAUGAGUUGCUAGAAGCAAACUGUAAUGCAAAACAUGAAAAUUUCCCAGCAUGCUCAGUUGUUGGGGUUCCGAGUAAGAAGGAAUGGUAUUUCGCAAUUCAGUCAAUAUGUGGAUUUUCACAGUUCUGCAGUUCUGACUGGGAAGACAUUAAUUUUGACCUAGAGACAGACCAAAGCAAAAAUACUAUUCAAAGAAAUAUUGAAGAAUGCCUUGGUGAUAUACAAAGUACUGAGGAAGAAGAUAGUAAUAGCCAGGAAUCUGUAUCACUCAUUGAUCUCUAUGAAGAAUCUGCAGAGGGUAUACAUCUGUUAGCAGAUAAACUUCCUGCUCCUGGAAAGGCGAUGGUUGAUGUAAUAUUUCAGUCUUCAGAAAGAGAGGCCCCUAGACUAAAAGACUGCUUACCUGUUCUUGGUGCCUUGAAACAUAUGAGAGAAUGGCAUGCAGCAAAAAUCACUAUUGUAGCAAAUGAAAGUAAAACUUGGCAAAAAAUUGCGGAUUAUCUUUCUGCUGAUGUUGUGGCUCCUGAAAAUCUAAAAACUGUCAUUGAUUCAAGAGAAUUGUGGCGAGGAAAAAUUCAGAUAUGGGAACGAAAGUUUGGAUCUGAAAUUACUUUUCCAGACUUCUGUAUAAAAACUACUGCAUCAAGAAGAUCACUCAGCACCUUGUUUUUUAAUACUGUCUUUGCUGCCAGUGAAACUGAACAGACAAAGAAUGCUAAUAUUCAUUUGCCAGAGGUUUUCCAUUAUUAUGGUCACACAUUAAAAUUUGUGCAACUUGUGCUACUCUCUCAGCUGCCUUCAUCUUUAAUGUCAGAUCAUCAAUUUGAGCUGAAUUUGGCAAGGAACAAGGUUCAGGAGAAAUCAAGGCUAUUUUGGGAUCAGCUUUCCUCUUUGAAUGGGAAGAUAGGAGCUUUAUUUCUAUUACCGUGCAGUGUAAGUGGCAUGUUGGUUCCCUUACCUAGCCAGCUGAGUACAAGAAAAUGGAAAGAAUAUAUAGCUCGGAAACCCAAAGUCAUCCGUGUUCCAGAAGUUGAACUGAAAGGAGAAACCUGCAACUAUUAUUUCUUAGUACAAGGUAAUGGCUGUGGAGGAUGUAAAGCAACAAUGAUCUAUUCUGCCAGUCAGAUCAAUGGCUCAGUCACUCUUGCAGAAACAAUUGGAAAAUGGAGCAUAAAGACAGAAGAAACAGAAGCUGGUUUAUUUGAAGAGUUUGUUAGAUCCCUCCCACAUUUCCAUGGAGAACAGAUUUUGCAAAGAGAGAAGAAGCUGGCCUAUGUCCAAACAUUGGCUUUGAAUCACUGUCUGAAAAGACAGGAAUCUGCAAGGCAAAAACCGUUACCUAAUGAAGUGAAAACUCUGCUGACACAUACACGAGAGUGCUUCUUAGCAUUGUGGAAUGCUAACCACCCAAACAGUGUUUCCCCGAGAACUCCUCUCAAAACCAAAGACCAGGGGACAGAUUGUAGUUCGGAAUUAAAAGGUUCAAAUCCUUUGAAGUGGGUAGAAAGACAUGUCCUUCAGAAUUUAGAAAAUUUUGAAAAAAUAAAGCAAAAGACAAGAGUUUCUGAACAACUUCUGGCCCAUAAAGAUGCCCAGAAGGGGUCAGCGGCAUUGCUUGAUGCUAAAGAGCUAUUGAAGCAUUUCACCCCGGAAGGGCUACCCAUUGGUGAUCUGCAGCCUUUACAUAUUCAAAAAAGUGACAAUGCUUUUCUUUUGACACCAGAGCUUACACCUCGAAAACUGAGAAGUUUGCCGUUUGAAAAAGCUACUGGCUGCCAUUACCAUGGUCUUGAAUACUGUCUAGACAACAGAAGAGCUUUAGAGAGAGAUGUGGGAUUUGCUGAGCUUCAGGCCCGUCUUAUCCGUUAUGAAACUCAGACCACCUGCACAAAGGAGUGCUGCCCAAUGCCGUGUGUCUUGAGCCCUCUUCCUUCUCCUGCUGUUUUGUCAGAGCCUGGAAGUGUUCCUGAUGGGGAAUCAUUACAGAGGGAUCUCCCAACGGAGGCAUCCAGGCUCAAACGCAGAUCAAAAGAUAUGGAUGGCUUUUAUCCCAACAAGAGGUUGCCGAAACCUGAAAGUACAGAUUCUCUCUUGUCCCAGGUAAGCGGAAGCAGCGGCAGUCACCGCUUGAGAGUUGUCACAAGACAAUGCCUGGAGACUUCAGGGUCUCUGCCCUCUGUAGCUGCCAAACCGUCUCAUAACUGGAUGCACAAAGUCAACCCCAAGAACAGCUCAGCAAGCCAGAGAUGUGGUAAAGAGGCAGAAAUACAAAAACCCGCAAAGGAAUCAAGAUAUCAGAAGCAUACACGGAUGCUGAAGGAGGUGGUGACAAAAACCCUUGAAAAGCAUGGCAUUGCUGAAGACCAUAAGUGCUUUGCAACAUGCAGCCAGCGUCUGUUUGAGAUAUCCAAGUGUUAUUUAAAGGACCUGAAGACAUCUAGAGGGCUGUUUGAUGAAAUGAAGAAAGCUGCUAACAGUAAUGUUAAACAGGUCAUCGAAUGGGUUUUAGAAAAGGCCAAGGAGAAAUGAUAUAUGCUAGAGCCCUUGCCGUUCUGUGGAGAGCCUUUUUUGAGUCAGUGCAGCAUUUGAAAUGGACAGUUUGGAGUGCUUUGUUAAGAUAACUCAAGUGCCUAAAAUGAACAAUAAUGGCAAGAGGGUACACUCAAAGCUCGGUGUCAUUAAAAGUAAUCUUGAAUCUUGAGCAAGCCUAUUUUUGUAUGUAUAGUUAUUUAUUGUAACACUGUGUACAGCGUGAUAUGACAAACUGAGCAUUUGUGUGCAUAUACCUUGUACAGGUCUAUCUUUAGAGAAUAAUAAAAGAAUUUUUGAAGGAUUGAUGGCUUAACAUUUCCAUUUGCAGUGUUUUAAAGAUGUUCAAGUCUGUAAAAACUUCUUGGUGGUUAGCCAAGUUGCCAUAAAAGUUUUAUGAGAUGACAGAAUCCUCUUGCGCUUUGUAGCGAAUUACUGUUAAGAAUUGUCACUUCUGUUGAACAACUUUAAACCUGGAAGAAGCCAAAAGGCCAUCACGAAGAAGCAGCCCUCCUUUAAAAGCUGGAACCAAGCCCACACCAACAGAUUAGCCAAUGUGCAGAGUGCCAGAUGCACAGAGCAAAGAUGUGCACACCAAGUUGUAAAGCAGCAGGGAAAGUGUGAUCUUGAUCAGGACCACUGGUGAGUAGACAGAUUAACACUUCUCUAUUUAGUGAGCACUCCUAAUUAGCUUCAUGGGGAGGGGAGUGUUUAAGCUUCCUUCUGAUCAUAGCAAUGACUGUGUGGGGGAGGAGAGCGUACAGGGCCUCACAUCCCCUCCCAGUGAGCCAUCAGUGGUUUGUCAAGCUGUCGUGGGGGGAGGUAGGCUGUAGCCCCACUUUUCUGUAAAGGGACUAGGGACAGAAAGCCCCACCUUUCUGUACUAGGGACAAGGAGCAAAGGUGACAAGAGGGAGAUGCUUUCAGCAGCAGGGCUAGGCAGCCCAUACCAGGCCACUGGAAAGCCUUUUAACAGGCCAUCUGUUGGUUUAUCACUGCUCCUCGACCCAGACGUCCUCUGUCCAAUCUGCCUCCAAAGUGAGAUGAUACUGUUCUUGCACAUGAUAGCAGAGGUGUUGCUGUCCUGGCUAUCGUGGAAUGGAGCUGUGUGAUUGUUAUUUCAGUAAACAAACCACCCAUUUUUUAGUCAAGGGAACUUACCUUUAGGAUUGUCGCCAUCCCAUGAAACAUGAAAAUGGAUUAAGCCAAUGCAGAUAGUCGCUGAAUGGAUGUGUAUUAGUUUCCCCCAUAAAACUCUUGUAGAAAUUAUUACCUCACAAAGGCACCAAUAAAUGAAAUUUUUAUUAAAUAUAGUCUUUUCCUUCUAAAAUAUAAAUAUUUUAAACUAAAUUCCUAUAAAUUUGGAGUAGUUCCAUAUAUAAGUCAUUCUAUCAACCUCAACCAAAUAUGAGUCUGUCCAAAAUCUGUAUUUAAUUUGUCUAUAAAUAUAUAAUAAUUUUCUCUUUGAAAUCUAGU